AUUAAGACCAAAACAAAGGGACCUUCUCACUUCCCUGAAAGACGUUUCCAAAGCCAUCAGGUAAUGUAUUUAUAAAAUACAGGCACCUAAUGUACUCUCCAACUACAGCACUUCUCUCUCGGGGGGACUGGUGCACACAUUCUCCCUCACAAGGUGGGUGGAGCGUGUUGCACUGGGACGAUGCAAGAUGCAGCAAUCCCGUCUAAACCUCCAGGUCUUCCUACAGCAAGCCGGACCACUGAUGCACCUGUAGUGUGACUUUCAACAGCGCGACGCUUGGAUAAAAAAAAUCAAAUCAAUCAAAUAUGAGCGAAGCCACUUGGAAACAGGGCGCCGGUGCGACAUAGACGCUUAUGGUUCAGGACAAAAGGGGGAUAUUGCUCGAAAUUACGAUGCAUCUCACGGCGGUGGUUCUAAUGUUAGUUCUGGUCGUGACGGGCAUCGCCAAAGGUUGGGAAUGCAGCGCAGGGUGCAACACAGAAAAUGGGUUUUGUGAGAAGCAACUGAAAUGCAGGUGCAAACCAGGGUGGCAAGGAGAGAACUGUGACCGGUGCGUGCCCUUCCCUGGCUGUCUGCACGGCACAUGUGAAAAGGCAUGGCAGUGUGUCUGUGAGGAGGGCUGGGUUGGCAGCCUGUGUGACCAAGAUACUCGCCUAUGCUCGUCCAGGCCUUGUGCUGGUAAUGCCACCUGCAUAGAGACAGGAGAGGGGGGAUACCUGUGCAUCUGUCCCCACAGCUAUGGUGGGGAAAACUGCCACCUGAAGAGAGGACUGUGUCUCACAAACGGCUUUCCUUGUCAGAAUGGAGGUACAUGUAUGGAUGCUGAUGGCUCAGCUGGUUACUCUUCCUGUUUAUGCCCCCCUGGAUUUUCUGGAGACUUCUGUGAGAUCAGCGUUGACAGCUGCCUGCCUAACCCCUGCCUCAACGGUGGCAACUGUACAAACCACGGCCUGGCCUUCACAUGUGUCUGUCCGCUCGGCUUCACUGGUUUCACUUGUAAUGACACCACUAGCCUCUUGCCCUGCGCCGGCAGGCCCUGCGCCAACAGGGGCACGUGUGUUGGUCAACCUGAUGGAACCUUCCGGUGCGUUUGCCAGAAAUGGUUUACAGGUCCCACGUGUUCCCUGCAGCACAGACCGAAAGCCAGAUCCAAGCCGGUUGGGGCCAGGCCUGUGGACCACAGAGUGUUUGCGCUGACUCCGCAGCACUACUCCCUCCCUGCUCACACCUUCCACAAGCUCCUCAGACCGCCCGAGAGAGACAUGCUCAAGAUCACCCUUAAGGAGACAGUCCACUCCCCCGGCGUCCUCGUCACCCAUGGCCAGCUCGUCUGCUUUGGCAUGCUGGCCCUGCUCACCUGCAUGGUCAUCCUGGGCACUACAGGCAUUGUGUUUUUUGGCCGCUGUGAGACGUGGCUGGCCAAUGCCAAGUACAGCCAGCUUGUUCGACAGCAAAGGGAACACCUGCUGAGAGAAGUUGGCGGCGCGAGCCAGGAGGAGCCGGAGCACUCAGUAAACAUCAUCCUGCCGGAGAAGAUUAGACUCACCAGCUUUGGGAGACACUACACCUCCAUCUGAUUCAAUCAUCUCUGCCUCUUACCCUUUUCCUCUGGAAGGAUUUUAAUAUAAAUGUCUAAAAAUAGCACAAAGGAAAUACUAUAACUGUUGUACAGUUGUGUUAAUGGAAAGUGAGAGAAACAAGGCUACACUGGAAUAUAUUUGAAUUUAAAGUCUACUGGACUAAGUGGACAACCAUGACACUGGAUUGUAAAUGUCAUUUUUAUUAUAAACGUAUGUAUAAAUGUUAUAAACUAUCCAUUCAAAAUAUAUGAAAUUAUAAAAGAUGUCCUACCUUGGUGGUUGGUAAAGAUGUCAUGUUGAUGUAUUUAAGAUUUUUGACUUUACAAUAAUAUUUUAACCACUUUGUUACAUGUUGAUUUGGAAUACAAUAAUGGGGGUAAUAUUACAAAAGGAGAAAUGAAUUGGAUUUUAACACACACAACCUAGACGACUUUUCUUUCAGUAUUUGUAUUGAAAACAAAGUAAUCGCAUUGAUUUUUCAUUUGUUAAAUUGUUCUCCGGUUUCAGCUUCUCAAAUGUGUGGAUUUGAUGCUUUUCUUUGUCUUUUUUGAUAGUAAUCUGAAUAUCUUUGGGUGUUUGGACUGUUGGGUGAAUCGAAAUACAUCACCAAGGCCAUGGGAUAGUUUAAUUAGCAUUUUCUUUUGAUUAUUUUCUGACGAGAAAAUAAUCAGCAGAUUAAUAACAAUGAAAGUAACAAUGUCAAUGCAGCAUUUAGUGAAUUCACCAUUUUAUAAUUAAUGCAGAAAUACAUAGUGAGUGUGUACAGUAUGUGCAGUUAAAUUACUAUAUGCUAUACUAUAUAAUUAGAUAUUACUAUGUGCCAAUACAGUAUAUACCUGAAGGUAAGGUUACUUCCCCAAUGCCAUCCAAUUUUCACUCUCUGCAGAUGUAUUACUAAGAUGUUGGUGUUAAAAGGUACAUAAGUAGAUGUUAUAAAGAUGCAGGUUCACAGCUCCUCAAGAAAUGCUUGGUAUCCAUGGCAUGCAUAUAUUCACACCUUCACCUAUUGAUCAGUCUCAAUUGCAGUGUCUCAGAGGUUGUUAGAUUUUCCAACACUGCUUCUUACCGCCAGUGUUGCAAUUUCACAAGCCAUGCACCAUGCAUCUCUGAACCCAGAAAUCAAUACUGUGAUAUCUGUAAAAAGUUGGUUUGUCUCAUCACGCAUGAGAUGGACACCUAUACUUCUGAUGGCGGGAGACGUAAAUGUAUGGAAAACAAGAAAAACAUACUGUAUGUCUGCCACCCAGUAACGACAUGUGGAACUUUAAAAUAUUCAAAUUAACUGCUGAUAUGAGGAGUACUGUCAUAUUAGAGUGGGAGAAUUUUUUAUGAUAUAUAUGUUUAUAUGUUUGGCAUAUAUAAUGAUAAGUCCCCUUCAGCCCCCAUUCAGCAUGUGAGGAGAUGCUGUUAAUGUGGUGGGUUUUGUCUAUCUAUUCCCUGAUAGGGAGGUUAUCUUGUGCUUAAAUCAUAACAGAGUUACAUUUCAGGUUGUGUAUUAUAUUGUGCGGUAGUAAAAUUGUAAUGAUUUACAGAUGGCAUUUCUACAAGGGGGCAGUGACUGUAACCGUGCAGUACUUAUCAGUAUGUGUUCCAGUCUGGAAUUAUUUGCUGUUGUGCUUUGGCCAGAUAAUGUUUUGUUGUACUUUUAUUGCUUUUAAUAAAAUCUAUAAAAUCA